AUGUGGCCGCCACCCCCGAGUAGAGGCGGCGAAGCCAAGAUGUCGUCGCUGCCUAGCUGCAUCUUCCUCUUCUCCUCUGCCGCCCUCUUCUUCCUGCCGCACCCGGCGAUGUCCUCCACCGCCGCCAUCAUCAGAUUCCCUUACGGCGACGAUAUCAUCGCCGAGACCUGCCAGAGAUGCGGCGAGAACAACCAUAACGUGGACUACGCCCUCUGCGUCGCUUCCCUCUCGGCAGACCCCUCCAGCCGCGACGCCAGCCUCCACGGGCUCGCCCUCAUCUCGGCCAAGCUGGUGCAGGCAGGGGUGGAGGGCAUGGACUCCGGCAUUGCAGCACUCCGGGCCAAGGAGGCAACGGGGUCGACAAGGUGGUCCUGCCUCAACGCCUGCAUGGACGUGUUCCGCGACGCCAUGGCCGACCUCGACGACGCCAUCGCCGCCAUCGAGGACGGGAGGUUCACCGAAGCCAAGACGAAGAUGACCGCCACCACCGACGCACCUGUGACCUGCAACGACGAGUUCAAGGAGCAGGGAUUGCAGCCGCCCAUGGAAGGGGAGAGUCGGCGCCUGUUCCAGCACGCCGUCAUCUCCCUCGCCAUCAUCUCAUUACUCUGA